UUAAUGGUAUGUUCGUAAAUUAUAUGAACUUGUGGGGUGAAUAGGGCAAAACCAAUUAAAAAAAAAAAAGAGGUUAGUUUUGUGUUUGACAUUAAGUUGUAGGUCAAUUUUGCAAAAAGCCCUCCUUUCUCUCUAUCAUGCUAUGCUAUGUGCACAGUAGAUAUUUGACUUUAAUAAAUUUCCCCUUAGACCUUGCAAUUCAAGCGACACGGUUGGUCCAAUAUUUUAACUAAAGUAUUUCUUUUCAUUUUAAAAUAUUUUCUUUAGACCCAUUAAUUAUACAUACAAAAACCCAGUGAACCGUAUCACUAUAUCAAUUAUGGAAAAAUUGUUCAAAUCGUAACGGAGAUCAAUACGAAAAUUUUAUUUUUACAUGGGUCUUAAUCUAAAUUCUCAAUGGCGAGGGUCUAAAAAGGCCUAGUAUCUUAGUAUAUAGCUCGAGCCAAGACGAGUUAGGGGUGAAAAUUUUGUUUGUAUUUGUAACGCAUUUGUUUGUUUUUUAUUAUUAUUGAUUGCUAUAACUUUUUGUAAAAGUUGAAAACUAAUCCAAAGGAAAACAUGAUGAGUUGAAAUUGAGAAGGGAAACGAACGUGGCAUCUUCAUGUUGGCGACAGCUAAUGUGAAACCAUCUCACAAAGCUUGGAGAGCGACGCUUUUUCCUCAUCGCCACCCCUUUAAUUGUGUUACUUUUAUUAGCAGAAUUUAUUUUCAUCUUUCUAAUUAUUCAUUCUUUAUAAUAUCUUUUUUUUGGACUAAUACAGUAAUCCAUAACUUAUGUGUUAACAAAGAUGUGAACAAACGACUUUCUUAUAGUAUAUAUAUAUUGCACAAGAAAGUACCAUAAAAAUACAAUUUCUUUUUCACCGUACAAUAUUUAUCCGUUAGCCAAGAACUAUUGAACAUGUUAAUUACUCCCUUAUCUAAGACAUUAUCACAUUAACAAGGAGAGAUUUGAAUAUGAGAUAUUGAAGCGUAUUUCUUUUACAAAUUUCAAGACUUGAGUACCAUGUAUACAAAAAUAAGGGUACAUCGAAUCUCAUACGCUAGAACCAGAAAUAAAUUUUAUAGGUUUUCAUACAUUUCCUUGAUGUUAUAAUUGUUUUUGAGAUUAACGUACGAUAUGGUUAUUGCUGAGAAAUGAGAAUAAAGGUUACUCUUGUUUUUCUUCUGUAGGUUGAUUGACUCAUACAUAUGAUCACGAUCAUGAUGAAUAGGACUAAGAAAAAUUCAGUUUUUUCAACGUUACAGCUACGUACUUUAAAGAGUCAUCAAAGUUCCAAUAUAACAAGUAAGCUUGUUAAGCUUAAUAAGACAGUUUAUUAUACUUUCAACAAACUGUUAAUCACGGGUCCAUCAAAGGUUUAGCAAUACUCGAUAGGAAAAACAGUUAAAAAAAAAAAAAAAAAACAGUUGUACUUUUGAAUAAGAAUCUUUCACAAUCCUUCUUUGUAACAUGAUCGGCGUUCUUUUGAGUUUGAGUUUGUUCAGUCUUUUAAGAUAUUCAUAAUGUUUUGUUUACAUUUUCUUGAAUGUACCUCAAACAGAAAAUUAAAUAUCAUCACGAGACUGUAAAUAUAAAACGGAACAAAACGGACUUUUCACUUUUAACUGUAUGUACGUAAAACAUUAUUGUAAUGUAUGUGCCUAUGUGGUUUAUCUUUGCAUCUAUGCAUGCAGUUUCCAAAUAAACUUCGUAAAACACCAUACGCAAUGACUAUAAGAUACUCAAACUAAAAAAUAUUAUGAAGCCAAUAAAAGUAAAAAAAGAAAGAAAAAAAGACAUAAUAAAUAGAUAAAAGCAUCGUAUAAAGUAUAAACUCAUAAUUUAUUCGAUUUCUAUUUUUAUUUUUAAUAAAAGGGACACGUAUACCAGUUGGGAAACAGAGGACGGCACCGAACCGUAUUGACUUCCCCUCUUCUUCAAUCCCUAUAUAUACUUGGUACUUUCCAUUACGGACCCUACGGCCUUUUGUUUCUCUCUUCUCCAUUACUUUCCUUAAAACUCUCUCAUUAGCUCAUUAUUGAUAAAGCCAACUAACCAAUUAUUUGAGAUUAAUUAUUAAUCAUCGACAAAACUAAAAUGGGAAGAUCACCUUGCUGCGAGAAGACUGGCCUCAAGAAAGGGCCAUGGACGUCUGAGGAAGACCAGAAGCUUGUUGAUUAUAUCCAGCAACAUGGAUAUGGUAACUGGAGAACCCUCCCCAAAAAUGCUGGUUUGCAAAGAUGUGGCAAGAGUUGUCGGCUAAGGUGGACUAAUUAUCUCCGACCAGAUAUAAAACGAGGGCGAUUCUCCUUGGAAGAAGAAGAAACUAUUAUUCAUCUUCAUAGCUUUUUAGGAAACAAAUGGUCUGCUAUUGCGGCACGUUUGCCUGGAAGAACAGAUAACGAGAUCAAAAACUUUUGGAAUACACAUAUUAGAAAGAAGUUGCUUAGAAUGGGGAUCGAUCCAGUGACUCACAGUCCCCGACUUGAUCUCCUUGAUAUCUCAUCCAUCUUGACAUCAUCUCUAUACAAUUCCUCUUCACAUCAUGUCAACAUAUCAAGACUCAUGAUGGAUGCUCAUCGUCAACAGCAACAACAUCAUUUGGUUAACCCCGAGAUUCUCAAACUUGCUACCUCUAUCUUUUCUCAAAACCAAACCCAAACCCAAAACCACAACCAAAACCAAAACUUCAUGGUGGAUCAUGACACAAAUACCCACGAGCACCACUCAGUUUAUCAUCAAGAUGUUAACCAAGCCGGAGUAAAUCAGUACCAAACCCAUCAAGAUUACCAACCUUGUAUGCCGCCAUUCCCCAAUGAAGCGCAGUUCAACGACAUGGAUCAUCAGUUCAAUGGUUUUGGAGAACAAACUCUCGCUUCAACCUCGAAUACAUCAGUCCAAGAUUGCAAUAUUCCAUCGUUCAACGACUAUGCAAACUCUAGUUUUGUAUUAGAUCCUUCUUAUUUAGACCAGAGCUUUAGUUUUGCUAAUUCGGUCUUGAACACGCCAUCCUCGAGCCCGACUACAUUAAACUCCAGUUCCACGACUUACAUCAAUAGUAGCAGUUGCAACACUGAGGAUGAAAUGGAAAGCUAUUGCAGUAAUCUCGUAAAGUUUGAUAUUCUCGAUUUCUUGGACGUUAAUGAUUUUCUUAUAUAAUUAUAAGAAACAACAUAAAAGUUUAUUGGAAUAGUUUAUUUUACUUGUAAUUUUAAGGCUUUGUUUUUCUAUUUGAAUUGGUUCACAUGUAAUGUAAAAUACAGUUUGUUCACGUUGGUUUGUUUAAUUGUGUUUUAGAGUUAAUAGUACGUAAGACCAUUUUUAGUUUCCAUUA